AUUAAAAAAAAAUCUAGUCUCUCUGUCUCCUUCUUUAGAAUUUAAUUCUGUAUAUGAAUAUUUUUGGAGCAGGAAACUGAAGGUAGAAGUUGGAACUCGCAGGAUUACGCUUAAUAUUAUUAUUUUAUUAUUUCAGUAAGUGUGAUUAAUUUGUAAAACAUCAUUUCAAGAACCGUUACUUAAAUGGCUGAACCAUGUGGAACUGCCCACGAUCCUCCAGAUCAUAUCAACCUUGAAGAAAUGACACAGAAUGCCCAUAAGCUUUUACAGGAAGCUAUUUUAAAAUCUAAUAAUUUACCAAGAGAUUUGUCACGGAAGCUUUACGCAUCUCAUCGGCAUUUUAGAAAUGCCACUGAUCAACUCAGCAAUAACACUAUAGUAUUAUCUAAUUAUUUAAUAAAUCAUGACUACCCCAAACAAACCAAAUUUAAAAACGGAGAAAUAGAAAAUAAUUUAGAAAAGCUAAUGGAUAUUAACAAUGAUGAACUAGAUAAAGUCAAGUUGAAGAUUGAGAAAGUAAAAAAUGGAGACAAACAUACAAAUGAGCAGAUUUUCAACAAACCAAUUGUAAAUCCUGUCAAGACAUUUAGAAGGAACAAUACAUUUAGUUUACUACCAGAUAGUAACACAGUCAUGCCACAACUAAACUUCAAAGACAAGAUUGAUAACACUUACUCACUUUGGAAGCCAAUUAUUACUUAUAAACCCAACAAUAUACAACCUCUUCAGUUCCAACUUGAGGUUGAUGAUGAUGGCAAUGGUAUUGGAUACACACACCCUUACCAAAUUGAGUUAGACCUUUAUGAACCUCCCAAACAUUUUAUGGAAGAAGAUGACCAACCUUUAGAAUUUCCACCACCAAUCGAAUCCACACAAUUCACAUAUGUUGAUACAAUGGAAAAGCUUCAGAACCUUCUAAAUGCAUUAAAUCUUGUUAAUGAAAUAGCAGUGGAUUUGGAACACCAUAGUUAUUAUUCUUACCAAGGUUACACAUGUUUGGUACAAAUUUCCAUUCAAAAUCAGGAUUUUGUGAUUGAUGCUUUGAAGCUCCGUGAACACUUGCAUCUUCUGAAUGAAUCAUUUACAAACCCAAAGAAACUAAAGGUGUUUCAUGGUGCAUGUAAUGACAUACGGUGGCUUCAACGUGAUUUUGGUGUGUAUGUAGUUGGAAUGUUUGAUACAUACGAGGCCUCUUUGGUUCUUAAUUUUAAAGGGAAAAAAUUGUUAGACCUCUUAAAGCGAUUCUGCAAUGUUGAAACGGAUAAAAGAUAUCAAACGGCAGAUUGGCAAGUAAGACCAUUGCCCAGUGAAAUGAUUUUAUACGCCCGCAUGGAUACUCAUUAUUUGAUAUAUAUUUGGCGCGAAAUGAAAAAGUUGUUAUUGAGGGAUCCGAGCAGAAUGAACUUAAGACAAGUUUUUGAAAAUAGCAAGCGAAUUUGUUUAUAUAAAUACAUGAAACCAGAAUUUAGACAAUGCAGCUAUUUGGAGUUAUAUAAUCGGUCUAACAAAAUAUUAAACUCCCGCCAGUUGGCUGCAUUCAAAUUAUUAUUCAAAUGGAGAGAUAACCAAGCUCGAAGUGCAGAUAGAAGUGUUGAAUAUAUAAUGAACAAUACCAUAUUAUUCAAAUUGUCCGAGGAAUUGCCGAGUGACACGGAAACUGCGCUGCGAUGUUGUCAAGGUGCCACGCCAACUUUGAAAAAUCAUUUAGUCAUGAUACUACCUAUAUUGAUAUCGUGUCGGGAUUUACCGUUGGAACCCACUCUCUACCAUACACCAGCUUCAAUUAUGAGUGCGUUGGAACACGUCGAACAAGAAAACCAGAGUGAAACAUUGCACGCAUUUUCAAGUGAUGUGACCAACCAAGAAGAGCCACUAACAAUUUUGGCGCCAUACGUCCCAACUGCAGAAACAAUCGCCUCGAUUGCUAGUACUUUGGCUCAGAACAUUUACAGAAGAGGAUUCCUUCCACCCUAUGAGAGAUACAAAUACUACCGUAAUCUGCUUCGGAAAGAGUACUUUGGGAAGCUAUUGAAUUAUAUUCAAGACCAAAGUAGUGAUCAACCUGCACAAAGUAAUAAAGAAGAUGCCGCCUGCAAAGUGAACUCUGAACCCUUUCUGCAACUAAAGAUGAAUAAUUCGACAACAAACGAUAACGGUGAGGGCCCCAGCUGUAGUGGUAUAAGGAAGCAACAGGCCAAUGUAACAGAAAAUUAAUAACUAAAUAGACGGAACUAUAAUUAUCCCUUAAUUGGUUGCGCCUAAAGAGUUGUAGUCGCGGUUUUUAAUGUAAAUACUGUUUUCAAAUUGGAUAAAUAAUUAUUGAAAAUCUCAGGUCUCGCAGUAGUUUGUAGAGCAGAUACAUUAAUCGCAAACAUAUUAGCACUACAAUUAUUAUAGUACAAGUUUCUCGGAUAUUGUUAUAUGGUAUAAACCAUACCGUCCACUUUUACCCGUUAUGUUUGGCUGACAGAAGAUUGUUAAAUAUUGUACAGGGGCCCUACGAUGACCUCUCAUCGAAAAAACGAGACAAUUGAUUUUCCCACGUGACCUUAGCGGUAAUCAGAUUUCGUUCAUUCAUUUUGUAUGAAAAUUUGUGCCAUGACCGCUGAACCAAAAUAUAACCGUUGUCUUCAAACUAUGACAGAAUAAGCGAUUCUAAAAAGUUACUUUUUGUUCAACUUGUUUGUAUAGAAGUCUCUUGCGACUUCUGCAACGAUUAUUCCGUGUAUUAAAAUAUAGAAUAAUUAAUAACACGUGGUUUACGCUAUUAUUUUUUUUGUUGGUAAAUAGACAUAGAUAUUUUUCAAAUUGAUGAUAUGUAAAUAAUAAGCCAUUUGAAGAUAUUCUAAUAAUUAUAUAUUAUGUUAAUAAUUAUAUAUUAUGUUAAUAUUUAUCUAGUUAGGAUGACGCCAUCAAGAUAGAAAAUGAUGUCUUCACGCAUUGUUCAAUUGGGUAUAAACUUAUAGUCAUAUAUUUCAUAAUACAUUUAAUGAUUGAAUUUUCAAUAGAAUUUUUUUUAAAUACUUAGACGCAAAUCCGGCAGCAAAAACUCUCUUGGUGGUGUUCCAAUCAAGGUCCCCCGAAACUCCUACAUAUUCAGAAUCAUCAAAUUAUCUAGGAGUGGCGGGCGACGUAAUUCUAAACCUUUACCUUAUUCUUUGCCAAUAUGUCUCUCAAUUCAGCGAGUUGGUUAGGCUUAAGCUUUAAAGAAAAUAUAAUUAUUUAUAUUAUAAGCUAAUUCACUAAACCAAUUUUAAAGUAUAUACUCUAUUUGUACAUGGAUUUAAUUUUUAUAUUGAUUACUUAUUAUUUUUAUGAUUGUUACUUAUGAUUUUCGAGUUAUAAAUUGUUGUAGUAGCUCUUGCAAGAGAAUAUCAGGAAUUCACUUUGAUAUAGGUAUUUAUUUUUUAACAAUUUGUAAAUAUUAUAUUUAUAAAACUCAAAUUCUGUAAACACCAAAAUAUUGAAACAUUCUAUCAAGAUUUGACGUAAACGUUUAAAAAUAAUAAAUGUCAACUUUAAUGGCACUAGAUAACUUUACGUUUAAAAUAUAUCAGGCGAAUAUUUUUAUGUUAAAUAA